AUGGGUCAGGAUUAUUACUCUGUGCUUCAGAUCACUCGCAAUUCAGAGGAUGCCCAGAUCAAGAAGGCGUACCGGAAACUGGCCCUUAAGAACCACCCGCUGAAGUCCAGUGAGCCAUCCUCAGCGGAGACAUUCAGGCAAAUAGCAGAGGCCUAUGAUGUGCUGAGCGACCCUGUGAAGAGAGGCAUCUAUGACAAGUUUGGAGAGGAGGGCCUAAAGGGCGGGAUUCCUCUGGAGUUUGGAUCCCAGACCCCAUGGACCACUGGUUACGUCUUCCACGGCAACCCUGAUAAGGUUUUCCAUGAGUUCUUCGGAGGAGACAACCCCUUUGGUGGUAAGAGGCCCCACCUACCCACUUGCUUUAUUGGGAAAGGCUCGAGCCUCGAGGAGUGUUUCUCCAAAUUGAGGGGGAAGGGAGUCAGGAAACUUCUCCCUGUUGCUAGAAGAUUGCAUCUGAGCACAAAACCCCCUUGGCAUCUUUCUCGUGUUAAAAGGCCAGCUGGGAAAUCUGGAGCAAACCUCCCUUCUUCCAUCUGGCUGCAGGUGCUGAACGAGGAUGGGUACUCCUCUACCAUCAAGGACAAGAUUCUCACAAUUGAUGUGAAACCUGGUUGGAGGCAGGGCACACGGAUCACCUUUGAGAAGGAAGGGGACCAGGGCCCCAACAUUAUCCCAGCCGACAUCAUCUUCAUUGUAAAGGAGAAGCUACACCCUCGCUUCCGCAGGGAGAAUGACAACCUCCUUUUUGUGAAUCCCAUUCCCUUGGGCAAGGCUCUGACCUGCUGCACCGUGGAGGUGAAGACCUUGGAUGAUCGUCUGCUCAACAUCCCCAUCAAUGACAUUAUCCAUCCCAAGUACUUCAAGAAGGUGCCAGGUGAGGGGAUGCCACUGCCUGAGGACCCCACUAAGAAAGGGGAUCUCUUCAUCUUCUUCGACAUCCAGUUCCCCACUCGCCUCACACCCCAAAAGAAACAGAUGCUGCGCCAGGCAUUGCUGACAUAA